AAAGCUGCAAAAAAAUGUAUGUUAUAUAAAAUAUAUAGAAUUAAUUCAAUAUUACAUCAAAGUUUAAUAUUAUUUUACUUGGUUCUGUCUUUUGUUAUUAUAUUUAAAUUACUUCUUUAUCGGCGUAAAAUUUUACUACAUUAAACUUAUAAAUACAAUAAUACUAUUACUUAUUAGGUAAGGUAAAAUGUUUAAUGAGCGAUAGCAAGGAGAGAAAGGAAGAGAUAUUUUCUAGGAGAGUAAUGUAAAUGUCGAUGAACUACAAAUGUGCAUUGAGUUUACACAACAUCUUUGCGUAACGAAAAACAUACUUGUUGUAAGAACAUUAAGGCGAUACAACUAACUUUUCAGUGAAAGGAGCAAGUGCAACUUAUUGCACCUAAUUAUAUCAAAAUUAUAUCGUCCAUACCAUUACUUUUGCACACAUGAUUAAAUUUAGAAAAUAUGUUAUAUGAGUUUAUACGAUAAUACCAAAUUAUAAAAUUUCGUUAUAUGUCGUUUGACAGUUACCUGUGGAGUAUAACAAUGCACGAAUCAAGAAAACUUAGAUUUAACUUUUCCAAGGUAGAGAAGAAAUUUACGUUUAAUUUUCUUUUGUUUUUUAAGAAGUGCAUUUAAAUAGUACUCAAUACGAUAGUAUACAUGCAUGGGUAUCUAUAUGUGGACAUAUGUUUAUAAUAUUCAUAAUGUAACAGAAGAAUAAAGUUGCUCGUAAUUUUAAGUUACUUUAGUGUUACAGUUUGACUGUAGUGAUCUAAACGUAAAUGUUGAUUUAACAGAAAUAUAACAAUUUCAUGUUGAUUUCAAAUUCGCCGCAUCUCGUACGCAGUGUAAUUUGUUUCAGUCAAAAGUAUCGCUUUACAUUGAAGCUACAUGAAAUAGUAUGAACGAAUUUUAUAAUAAAAAAUAUUUCGACAGAAGCAAAAGGAAAUACGCGUUUCUUUGUAACUGAAUGCAUCGAGUGACGAAGAUACCACAAGAAAAACUUUUCGAAUAGAAGGAAAAGGUUUACAUUUCGUCAAAUUGAACGCACCUGCGUUCAGGUGGGGAGACGACAUUAGUUCUGCUACGACUUUCAGCUCGAUCUGCGUUGAAGCUCAGUAGGUUCGAACACCGUGGUUCACGACUGUUUUUCCUGUUCUUAUUUAGUUUGAGCGAUUUCGUGUUGUAUUUCCAACUCUCCUGCCGAUUUCGCGUACUGUGAAAUAUCUUAGAAGAGACUUGUUUCACUUUUAUCAGUCUAUUCCCGUAGUCUAUUGGUUUGUUUCAGAUUUAAAAGAAAAAAAUGAGCGAAUUAAGCGAGAUACAAUCCUUUUACAAAGGAAAAGUCAUUUUUGUAACCGGAGGGACCGGUUUGAUGGGAAAAGUCCUAAUUGAGAAGCUACUUUAUAGUUGUAGCGAUUUAAAUAAGAUUUAUAUUUUGAUACGACCAAAAAGAGGUCGUACUCCCGAGAUGCGUGUCGACGAAAUGUUUAAAUUACUCAUGUUUCAAAGAAUACAAAAGCAAAAGCCUGAAGCAAUGAAGAAAGUUAUACCUUUAAGCGGGGAUGUGGGUAUGAAGAAUUUAGGAUUAACUAACGAGCAACUCGAAAUAUUGAUAAACGAAACUGACGUAGUAUUCCAUUUUGCCGCAACCCUUAAAUUAGAAUCUAAGUUGAAGGACGCUAUUGACAUGAAUACGGUCGGAACGAAAAGGGUUAUAGAAUUAGGUAGAAAGAUGAAAAAGCUGAAGGCAUUUGUGCAUCUGAGCACAGCCUUCUGUUACGCCGACAAAGAGGAACUCGACGAAAAAGUGUACGAAUCAUCCGCUGAUCCUCACGACGUUAUGAGGCUGGUUCAAUGGCUAGAUGAAAGUGCCAUCGAUCUUAUUACACCCAAGGUGUUGGGUCUUCAUCCGAAUACUUAUACGUAUUCAAAGAGAUUGGCCGAAAAACUGGUAGCAGACGAAUACCCGGAUUUACCUUGUUGCAUUGCCAGACCAUCGAUAGUAACUCCAGCUUUGGCAGAACCGUUACCAGGUUGGGUGGAUAACCUAAACGGACCUGUGGGCCUUAUGGUGGGUGCAGGCAAAGGUGUGAUAAGGUCGAUGCUCUGUAAUGGAAGCUAUCACGCCGAAGUAAUACCCGUCGACCUUGCUAUCAAUGCGUUAAUCGCAACCGCACAUAGAACGGCUACGACGACCAAAGAUACAAGUAUACCGGUAUACAAUAUGACGCAAAGUGGCAUAUUACCCAUUACGUGGGGAGAAGUAUUGGGUAAAGGCAAAAAGAUCGCGUAUGAAUAUCCCUUCGAAGGACAAAUUUGGUAUCCAACCGGUGACAUACAUAGCAGCAAAUUCGUACAUAAUCUGAUCGUCUUCUUGUUUCACAUUAUACCGGCUUAUUUCAUCGAUUUUCUUAUGUUGAUAUUUCGGCAAAAGAGAUUUAUGGUUCGUAUCCAAAGACGUAUUUCCGUCGGACUCGAAGUUUUACAAUACUUCACUAUGAGGGAAUGGACCUUCCAUAACUCAAACUUGCUAAUAAUGCGGCAAGAAAUGAGUGCGAAAGACAAGGAGAUUUUCCCAAUAGAUUUCUCGUCUAUCGAUCAUGCCGAGUAUAUAAAAACUUGCGUUCUAGGUGCACGACAAUAUUGCAUGAAAGAGAAUUUGUCCACAUUGCCGAGCGCUAGAAGACACCAAGCGAUAUUAUACGUCAUUCACAUAAUUGCUGUCUAUCUAUUUUACUUCGGAAUGUUAUAUCUUAUUUACAAGAACUUCGAAAUAGCAAGAUCUGGUUUGGAUUCUGUCACGGAGCACGUGAAAUCUUUGUCAAUUUUGGGCGGAGUUAUGCGAAAGGUCCACCAGUAAUGGCAUAACGUAUAUUAUGUAUUUGUAUACAAACGAUUUAGCGUAUUCUUUUGUUUUAAAAGAGCUUUGUUUUAUAUUUUUGCUUGAAACCAGCUUGUAUUCUAUAACAAAACGCAACAAGCUCCGUCAAGAACUUUUUCUUAAGCUACUUUACUAUGUCAUAACGAACCACACACGACUUUUCAUCGAAUCAGACUAUAUGAAGCUACAUAUGUGUAUGCUCGUUCUUCUUUUACGUCCGAGAUAAAUAAUAGUAAGUUAAUAAACGAAAUUUGCCAUUUACUAGUACCAAAUCUCAUAAUAGAUUGGCACCGAGUAAUUUCAAAUCCGAUUUGAGAUUCUGUUAUUGAACUACCCAGAAAUCUAGGUUCUUUAGUUUCGGGCAUUUCUAGAACAAGAUUCCCUCGUUCUAUUUCUUUCUCAUUAAAAAUAAUAUAAUUUUCUUCGCAUGCCGUUUCCUCGUCAUCGUCGUUGUUUUAUGCAAAUAGUAAGUAUCUUUCGACGUAAACGCAACGUUAUUCUUUCGCUAAAUGACUUUUAACAUUUCACAUCUAAGGAAAGCCAACGUGUUAAUUGAUUUAGCAACAGAUAUUCCGUAAACAUGCGUUAACUACCGUGGGUAAGCAUCGCAUUCCAUAUACUUUUGGGCAAAAUACGCGACAUCUAUUUAAAGAGAAAAUGUUUAUAUUAUAUGCUAUACCCUAUCCUAUAUUAUAUAUCGUUUUCAUAUGCACGAAUAACGGCCAUUUCAUACGCCUGUCGAUAUGCAACGCUUUCAGAAGUAACAUAAUUCUGCGUCUGCCACAAUCGCAUCGUUUCAUACGGUUUCACAGCGUCUGGUACGUACGUGGUAAAACAUAAUAUACGAUAUUAGUCGAGUACGUACGAAAAUAAAAUGUAUGUAUGAUCUUCGAUGGUAUCUAUAGACAUCUGUAUCAAACAAGGACGAAAGAGAGAGAGAGACACGAGAUGUCGAUAAACGCGUAGAGAAAGAGAGAUUGGGUCGAUGAAGAGUCGAUGCUCCGGUUGAUACGUAUGUCAGGUAUUUCGGCAAUUUGCUAUGUUCACGAGGAUAUGCUGGCGAAACUAGGGGAAAGAACGUGGCAAGCGAAUAGCGAGUAACGGGAAUGGAAGGGCGCAGGGUGAGCGAAGCGGCGCGUCGCCCACGCCGCGAUGAAUAGCUGCGUCGAUGACGCGUAACACGGUCAAUCUGUGUGUGUGUGUGUUUGCGUGUUUGUAGUAGGCAGAGUAGUAGCAAGUGGCGCGUGCGCUGGUUCUCCAGGAUAGCAGAACGGGUAGGUCCGGUAGGACGGACAGGACUCGGGGGUUGUACGAGGCGCGAACAUCAGCUAGUCCGAAUUUGUCUGUCGUUCGAUUCGGGUACGUGCUUGCUCGCUCGCUCGCACUCGGUUCCUUAAUCGCGACACCGCACCGGUUUGAAAAUAUCCGUUUACCGGAAACAU